UCAAAAAUGGCGGCGGGGUGAUUGACUUGAUCUCGUCCUUGAACAUGUCCUCUCCCAGUGGAAGACAAAUCGGUGGUUUAGACCAGUCUCUUAUAAGCAAGUUUGUACUUCUUCAAUCAAAUUAAUAUAAAGUUUUUCAACUAUUCAAUUUUCACCAUUGAAUUCCAAUAUGAACUUGCUUGAGAUUUCAAUAGCUCUUUGCGUUCUAGCCUUACCUCUGCUAGUCUUUCCAGUUAGUUCCAAGGAUUUAGCCCAAGAGUGCCUAGACGGCCACAACGCAGCUCGUAAAGAGGUUGGUGUUCCGUCCAUGAGAUGGGACAACGUGUUGGAGGCCUAUGCACUGAAUUACUCUCAAGGAAGGAUUGAUAAUUGCAAUCUGGACCCUGCAGUUGGCCCUUCGGGUCAGAACCUCGCUUGGAGCACCACUGAUCUUUCAGGAACUGAUGCUGUGAAAAUUUGGGUUGAUGAGAAGAACUAUUACGACAUGCAAUCUGGUCUUUGUGCUACAGGCAAGAUGUGUAAUCAUUAUACUCAGGUUAUUUGGAUUAAUUCAACUCAACUUGGAUGUGCUAAAGUUAGAUGCAAUAACAAUGGAACUUUCAUUACUUGUUACUAUUACCCAGCUGGUAACAUUCCUGGUAAGCGUCCAACUGAUGGGAUUGAAUCCUUUAUUCAAUCAGUCCCUCCCAGGCCUCAGAAUCAAUCCCCUCAGCGACCAAAAGGAAGUAACAACAGGACAGGGUUAGUGAUAGGGUUAAGUGUAGGAGGAGCAUCUGCCUUGACUUUUGGGCUUGGUGUCAUGACUUGGUUCAUUUCAAGACGAAAAAGGAAUAGAGAAAACGAAUUUGAUGAUCAUGUUUCCGAGAUGUUUUUUGGUCAUGAUUUUGGGAAUGGAAUGGGACCAAGGAAGUUUUCAUUGAAUGAAUUGGCUAAAGUGACAAGUAGCUUUAACACUGAAAAUAAGUUGGGAGAGGGAGGAUUUGGCUCAGUUUAUAGAGGAUACCUGAGGGACUUGGAUACAUAUAUUGCUGUUAAAAGGGUUUCAAGGACAUCUAAGCAAGGGAUUAAGGAAUACGCGUCUGAAGUGAAGAUUAUUAGCCAAUUGAGGCAUAAGAAUUUGGUGAAGCUUAUUGGUUGGUGCCAUGAAAGAGGGGAACUCAUGCUUGUUUAUGAGUUCAUGGUUAAUGGAAGCUUAGACACCCAUCUUUUCAAAGGAAAAAGCUUGUUGACAUGGGAGGUGAGAUAUAAAAUUGUGCAAGACUUGGCAUCAGCAUUGCUAUAUUUACAUGAAGAAGGAGAUUAUUGUGUGCUACACAGGGAUAUCAAAACCAACAACAUUAUGUUGGAUUCUAGCUUCAAUGCUAAACUUGGAGACUUCGGGUUAGCCAGGCUAGUUGAUCAUGCAAAAGGGUUAAAAAAUACUCUUUUGGCAGGAACUUUGGGAUACAUGGCUCCUGAAUGUCUCUCUUCUGGGAAGGCUAGCAAGGAAUCAGAUGUCUAUAGUUUUGGAGUUGUGGCAUUGGAAAUUGCAUGUGGCAGAAGGUCAAUAGAAUCCAAACUUGAAGAGUCUGAGUCUUUAUUAGUACCUUGGGUGUGGAAAUCAUAUGGAACUGAAAGGAUACUUGAUGUAGCCGACAAGAAAUUGGGUAUCGCCUUCGACUCUAAACAGAUGGAAUGUUUGGUGAUUGUUGGACUGUGGUGCGCCCAUCCGAAUCAUGAUCUUCGACCAUCAAUAAGGCAAGUCAUACAGGUUCUUCAUUUUGAGGCACCAUUGCCAAAUCUCCCAGGUAGCAUGCCUCUUCCCAAUUAUAAUGUACCUAUUGCUCCUAGAAUUGGAUCAAGCGAGCCACGUAUAUCUAAUUCAACUCUAACAAUCCCUCGUUAGAUUGAUCUGGUAAUUUUUCUACCAAAUUUUACAUGUCUCAAACACUAUUUUCCCUUUCUAAUAAAGCUUGAACGUUUAUUUUUUAGACUCUAAGUUUGAAAGCCUGCUUGCAGCCAUUUUCAUUAAUUAUCAUGCAACCAUUUAUCAUUAUAAUUUUUGAACAGAGAUGGAUGGUCCAAGAAAGUUAUCUGUGUAUUUCAGUUAUAAUUGGAAAAUGUUGGA